AUGAAGUCGUUGGGAUGCGUGGUGGUCGGAGACGGGAGCGUCUUCGUGGUGGAAAUUGAUGAGUGUAAGAAGGUCGGAAUCUUGAAGAAGAUGAUCAAGGAGGAGAAAAUGUACAAACUUCCUGCGGACCAACUACUGCUAUACGUCGCGAAGAAGGGUGACAGCUGGCUCAAGACGGACGAUCCUGACGUGGCGAUGUUGGAGACUGGUGAGAUCCCCACUGGAAUCAUUAAUAUUAUGAAGAAGAAGGAGAACAAUAUGGAUUCUUGCUAUCGUGUCCGCAGCACGGCGUUUGGUUUCCCUAACGAAGACACCGGUGAAGACGGUGAAAUCCACGUUCUGGUGAAACUUCCGGAAGCAGCCAACAAGAAGCAGCGUCUGGAGUGGCGGUCGACUCGGUGGGGAUCACACGUUUACGACCCGAACUCACAGUACUUUGUGCUGGAGAAAGAAGAUGUGGACGAGUCCGGACUCCUACCCUCUCGCAUGAUGCUCUACUGCAGGCCCACAUUCCACCGCCAAUUCGAGUUCUUACGCGAUCAGGUAUCGAGCGAAGGUCAUUUGGGCUGGAUCCUUGGCCCUCCUGGAACGGGAAAGUCAACUACUGCAAUGGCAUUCGCGUCGACUGUGGACAGAAGUGAAUGGAUAGUUACUUGGAUUCACGUGGCUAAGGACAUGGAUCUGAACUGCGUGCGUCUUGCUGGCGAAGAAAGAAAGACUCGAGCCAUUGAUAUUGCAGACGUAGACGAAGUUUUGCUGGUCGAUGACACUAAGAAGCAUCUACUGCUUGUUGAUGGCUGGACAGCUGCAGACUUCUUCAGGGAGCUAACAGUCAAGUGUCACCGAUGGUUGACGAGAGAUCUUGUCAAACGACGGCUGGCAUUUGUAUGCUCGGUAGCCUCUCGUGGUAAAGUUCAAGAGGGAACGGAUAUCCGGAUGCGUGCAAUGGAAUUUGAUGUCUGGUCGUGGACAUUGGCUGAGUACCUUGAUGCAGUUAAGAAACGAGAUUUUUUUAUGUGCGUGGCGAGUAAGUUGGAUGCUCCACCCUGCUUAACCGGAAUGGAGAAGCUGACUACAACGUGGAGCGGGUUCGCCAGGAGCGGCGACUUCGCGGGAAGUGCCAUCACCUCGUGA